UUGUCGCUUGGCUCCGUUCCGUGAGCCCCCAAAUGGUCGUUGGUAUCGCCAUGGACGCGGGGUGCGUCACCCAGUGACGUCGACUAACGGGGCGCAUGCAAAACAGUUACGCGUUCUGUGCGAGUGUUCUUUGUGUGUGUUUUUGUGUUUGUGUAGUCGCGGAGUUGCAUUGAAAAACGCUUUACAAGAGUCAAAACAAUAGCCGAAAAAGAAAACAACGCCAAGUACUAAUAGGCCUUGACCCGAAGCAAGGCAAGCCAAGCGGAAAAGGUGGGCACCAGAGCCACAGCAGCAGCAGCAGCAGCAAGGGCUGUCGCCGCAUCAUGAGGCAACACCAAUUAACAGCAGCAGCGACAGCAACAAUAACGCGAAAGCCAACAAAGAGGGACAGGCAGUAAAGUAACCAGAGGGAGGAACCUGCAGAGAGGUGCUGGUGCUGCUCUGCGGUGUGGCCUACUUUUACGCACCUGCUCUGGAGCCCUGGAGCAUGGGUUCAUGUCUUGGCAGCUGCGUCACAGCCGAAGCUGCCACCAACACCAGCACCACCAGCUCCAGCACAUCCACAGCAUCGUCUUCCUCCACGGCCUCGACGUCCUCCUGUGUGGCAGCAGCGGCAGCUGCCAACAGCUGGCUUUGGCGUCGCCGCAGGCCCAGGGCUAGGCUGGCCAACGACGAGCAGGCGGAGCAGGAGCCCGAGACAGAGCUCAUAUCGAGUGGCGACAGGACAGACAGGGACAGGGGAGGACAGCGGUGCCAGCAGCGACGCGGCCUUGUCUAUCGCAUUCUGAAGUUCAAGAGGAAGCAACAAUGCCCCCAGUUCCUGGACAAAUACUGGGAGCAACAGCCGAGCUAUGCAAAGCUACAGAAUGACAGUGCAAUAUCCGAUAUACAGCUGCAGAAUUUGGAUGUUUUCAAGCUGCUCAAUGCCCAGGCAACGCCCAGCAAGGAGACUGAGAUGCAUGGCAACUAUCAGCGGAUGGCCAGCUCGAGGGCCAGCUCAUCGCUAGAUCUGGAGUGGGAGCACGAGUACUCACAGCUGCGGAACUACCAGCAGGAGCAGAAGGAGCAAAAGGUGCAGCCAGCGGCAGAGAACGAGAACACCCCACCGAUGGCGGCCAAACAGCCGCGUUACGCUUCCCUGGACCAACUAGCGACCGCUGCCUCGAUGGCUGCCGGCAGCCAUGGACGACAUGGAGCCGCUCGAUAUCCGCGUCUGGGCAGCCAUCGGCAUGGAGGGUCCUUUACGCGCACCUCCUGCUGUUCCUCGACACAGAACUCGUGGUCGCACAUCUCCACGCCAGAGUCGCUCGAGUGGGAUGUCGACGAGGAGCGGGAACAGCAGCUGCAGCUGCGCCAAGAGGACGACAAUCUGGACGAUGAGACGCUCAAACUGCUGCACCAAAUCGAGCAGCUGAAACAUCAUGUGCUCCAGGAAACGGGCGAUGGCCUGAGCAUGGGAGCUGUGGCUGUCGUUGGGGAGGUGACGGAGGGUCUGCAGUUUAGGGCCACGCAUUUUGGAGGCGGCUCCGAGCUUGAGGCAUCCAUAAGUUGAUUUCUACUGCGAAGCGAGAGAGUAGUUGAUGUACAUAAGAGUAUUCUAAGAGCAGAUGAAUGAGGAUCCUUUGAGGCCGUGUAUGUAGUUUAUUGUAAUAGAAUAAUUCUCGAUUUAUAGCAAAUAUAUAAAAUAGAUGGGUAUCCCCGUAGACUCCAAAUAACACAAAACAAUGCACGCUCGAGGGAAUGAAAUGAAAUGUACUUGGGAGAGUGAAUAUUUAUUGGAUCAUUUAGCUGCCAUCUGCUUUCAAAGAUAAUCCACACCAAUAAUUGAUUUCUUUGAUUAGAUUUAUUUUCAUUUAUAUUUAAUUGGAACUACUGGAACUGCUGCUGCUC